CUCAGUGGAAAGUAAAGACCCAGAACUCGGGGAAAGAAAAGAAUUCCUCUGAACUUCUGAAGUUUAUUUUUCCAUUCAAAUUCUUGAAUCCUCCCCGCAAUUUUCAAGUUAUAAUCAGUAAGAGAUUGAAAAAAUUCAUCAAGUAAUUGGCAGAAUAUCAUGCCUCCCAAGAAAGAACUCUGUAGGAAUUUUCUCCGUGGCAGCUGUCAAUAUGGUGAUCGUUGCAAAUUCCUUCAUGCUGCUCAAACACCUGCAAGACAAAAUCCAUUUGGGUUAGGCAUGCAAACUGGCAACCAAUUUCAGCAUGCAAAUCUGCAACAGCAAAAGCCAAAUCCUUUUGGAUUUGGUGUCCAAAACAGUUCUCAGCCUAGAGGAGCUGGUGAUUUUAGUUCGAAACAAAAUCAAUUCAAGGCUUUUGAAAACAAGUGGACUCGCUCUUCCCAAGCAAACACGGGGAAUUCUGCUGCAUCAAGGCAACCUGAUAAUCAGCCACCCUCUCACAAGUGCACAGAUCCUGAGUCAUGCAAACGCCAGAUUCUCGAAGACUUUGAAAAUGAGAGACCUUUGUGGAAGCUAACUUGCUAUGGUCACUCUAAAUAUGGCCCUUGUGACAUUGUUGGCGACAUCAGUUAUGAAGAGUUUCGAGCAACGGCAUAUGAUGAUGCUAAACGUGGAUUGAGUUUGCAAUCAAUUGUUGAGAGGGAGAGGAACUUACUUAAUUCUAAGUUAGUGGAAUUUGACAGCCUACUGCGCAGUCCAUACAAAGGCUCAUCAAAUUCUGCCAUUGGUCUUCAAAGUCCUUUUCCUAUAAGUGUACGGAAUACCUCAGUUAGUGCUCAAAACAGUAAUCCACCUUCGUUCUCAAGUUUUAGUCAAUUGGGCACAUCACUUGGUGGAGGUGCUACUGCUUCGCCCAACAAUUUUUUUGGUCAACAGCAUGCUUUUCAGAGCACCAGUCAGACGUCAAGCACGUUUAAAAUGACUAACUCACCAUUUCAAAAUUCAGGUUUUGGCAGCCAACUUCCUUCCCAGACACUUCAAAGUCCCUUCGCGUCGGGUUCCGCAAGCUUCGGCAAUAGAUCAGUAAAUACUUUGCAGAACCCAUUGUUUGCUUCACCUGUCUCAGCACAGACUUCUACACUGUCAAAUGUGUCUAAUAAUAACAUGAAGUCUGGUUUCGCAAGCUUCAGCAACAGUUCUGUGCAGAACCCAUUUUCUACUUCAACUGUCUCAUCACAGAGUUCUAUAUUUGGUGAUAAUACGAAUGCACUUUUCAGUGUUAAUGCUAAUGUGAAUGAAGUUGGAUUGUCCGCAGGCAACAUUGACUUGAACAGGUUGGCCACACCAGAGGAGAAUCUUAAUGGGGAUAACAGUAUCUGGAGGAAAGAGGAGUGGGGUAUUGGAGAGAUCCCAGAAGCAGAACCUCCAGUUGAGUAUUGCAGGUAGGGAUCCUACCAGAUGGCAGUAGUGUUUUUCAUGGAAUGGACUGUUGCAGGAUUCUACUCUACAGAGACAAAACAUGAAUCACUUCUCGGGAAAUUUCUCUUCUGGAUUCUGCCGAGUAGCUAGUUCUGUCAGCAAUGCCAAUUUGGUGUUCACACCCGUUAAGCUUAACGUGUUUGCCAGUCAUCGUUACUGUAUACAUAUAUUCUUCAACUUCAAAAUGGACUGAACUAAAAAUAGUUGUGCAUUAGAAUCUACAUUUUUGUCUUGUUUGGCACAUGGAGCCUGAAGCCAGAGUCCAGACAACUGUAUUCAGUGUUCUGUAUAUGAUAUUACAGUUCAAUUAAUUUGCUACCCA